AUGCUGUUGAGUUCGAGGAGGCAAAACAGCCGCAGUUCUGCCAAGAUGGCAGAGGAAAGUCGCCCGACACGAAGGGCCGUUUUGUUGGAAGAGGUUUUUCGCGUCUUAGAUUCAAAGCGACGCGGCUUUGUCAGCAAGGUCGAGCUUGCUCAUAUUCUGGAUGCCAUGCAGGCUGACGCGAAGGGUCCAAUGCCCAUCCCGGAGGCAUUGCUCCCGCACAAGAUCUCGCGUGAUUGCAAAGUCAGUCCGCAAGACCUCACCGGUUGGCUGCAAGCGUUGUCUGUAGCAGAGCUGGAAGAUGUCAAAUGGUUUGCAGAAAGCGUGGUCAAAGUGGAGUCGGAGCUUCGAGAAGUCUGGCUACAUGCAGUCAAGCGAUGGCAAGAAGCUGUUGUGCAACUGCAAUCUCGCGACCUGCACCGAUACCUGCUGUCCUCGCAGCCGACCCGGGUGGCCCGCUGGCUCCAGCUCCGGACAGACACAAGUGAGCCGGUUGGCCUUCCAGGUCUCGGCUUCAGCCAGCACGAGGUGGAAACGCUUUUUGCUGAUGAAACAGCAGAUGACAUCAACGCCUGCCACGAGCACAUCGAGCCGUUUCUCUUGGCAGUACAGCUCAGAGAACAACUUGGCCAGCUCGAGCUGGGUGCAGACACAGCUGGACUUGCAUCAGAACUUCUGACCAAGCUGGCACAGCUGGCCAGCUCGCGGGACCUGGCCUGCCUUCUGACUCAUGAAGAGACCCUCGGUCUGGCCACAAGCCUAGUGGGAGUAGACGGCGUACCCCAGCAGGUUACAGUGGAAGCAUCCAAGCUCAUCAUGACGAUCCUAGGUCAUCGAAUCCAUGAGGGCUGCUGUAAUCUGGAAGACAAGUGCCGGCGGACUCUGCAGUCUUAUCUCGAGGCGGCCUUUGAUCCUUUCGAGGUGCCCGGCUCGCAAGGGCAGGAAGGUCAGCAGCAGCUGGGAACGAUUUCGCGGUGGGUGGAGAACUUGGUGAUGCAGCAGUCGGACCUUGAUAGGGGUGAGAUGGUGGACAAACUCAUCAAGUACGAUGAGCAGCGGCUGUUGGCUGCGGAGCAGGAGUGCGUCCCGGAAUCGUUGUUCUCCUACGGCAGGACGAUUCACAUUAUCCUCACUCGUUUGGACCUGACGUCGCACUAUUCACUGCACGAGCGCCGAACGCCUAUCCGCACACACCUCCUGAAGCUCUUGCUGAACGUCUUGUCAAGUUCCGGAGAUCGGGGCAGAUCUCUCUUUCGAGCUGGCGGAGGGAUGACCGCAAUCUGUUCUGUCUUGCGUGGAGAUGCCUGGGGUGAAGUCAGACCAGAGCUGCCCCUGGCGUUGGAACUUGACCAGCCUGACCACACGAAGAAGGAUGAGGCGUUUUCGUCCACCGGGUCCUGGCCUGGCCUGGGGGAUGAGCCAAGGUACUACGAGGCUGACUUUGCGGAUAACAAGUUCUACGGUCCAAAGGAUCGCGUGUUGGCUGCUGCAUUCUUGGAGUUCUUGGGGUCGGAAGAACUCUGGGGUGAUCAUCUUCUGGACGAGCUCUGCCAAAGCGCAGAAGUCCUUCAGGUGUUGUGCAGAGUGAGACCUCGCUGUGUGGUCCUCCUCAGGAUGAUGUUGAAGCACCCGAAGUUCACGGAGCUCCUGCGCGGCACUGCGCGAGGCUUGGCGGAGAAGUUUGCGGAGAGGGAACUUCAGCCACUCCUGUGUGCAGACCUGUCGCGUCCUUCACCCAUGCCCCUGGCGUUGACAGGUCGAGCCUUGAAGCCCGAAACAGAAGUGACAGACUCUCUGAAGGCUUUCUGGCGAAACUUCGUCGAGGUUGAGACCAAGAAUCGGGUACUGCGCUUGCUGGCGUUCAUGUACCACCAUCUACGGGAUCCAGCAGAGCCGGGUCAAGGUUUGGAGGGCACCACAUGCCAGGAGGACAUAGACGAGAUCUGUGAACUGUUGGCAGAGCAGUUGCCGGUAGCGCACGACGAGGUCCUGGCGCUUUGCAUCGAGGUCUUCCUAUCCCUGAGAGCUGUUCAUGCGAAGGAACAGGCAGCUGAGGCGUCCAGGAUUGCGAGCAUUCAGCCGGAGUGUCUUUACUUGCUUCGCCUCGUGCAACUCCUGCGACUUCGCGAACCUCGGCUUCCAGACUUCGUGGCAGAUUUGGAGGCCGUUUUGCAGGCAUUGAUGCUGCCGCCGCUUGAAGUUGAAGCAGAAGCAGAAGUCAUCCACUUCCAUGCGGUUCCUCUGCGCAGAUCCAUUCUCCAGCAGUAUCCAAGUACCACCGCCGCCGAGCUUGUCCAGAGCUUGGCGAAUUUGCUGAGGGACCUGGAGCUGACGGAGACACAGGCUCAUCGAGCAAUGCUGGUGACCUUCGCAUUCACCCAGCUUUGCUUCUACACUCCCUUGCACUUGGCGGUGGAGGCAUCACUGAGCACUGUUACGACAAGGCUUGGGAUUGAUCUAUUGCGUCUUCGAGCUUUGCAGGAGAUCAUGCCGUCGCAGCUGGACGAGGCGGAUGCGCGAGACCCCCUCCCACUGCAGGCAGUGCAGGAGUGGCCCCACUGCCGGCUCUCAGUGCACGGAGAGGUCCUGCUGAUGGAAGCGAUGCUCGAAAGCCAGGUCUUCUCCUUUCUUCGCUUGGGUGGAUCGUGGAUGCUCUGGGCAAAUUCCUUGGAUGCUGCCGCUCUUACGGACAGCAGCCAAGUCCGAUCAUACUUCGGCAUGCAAUGA